UAGCCAUCGUCUGUCUCCGUCUCCAUCUCAUAGAUUCCUUACUCCUCUGGUCCUCUCUCUGUUGGUGUAUAGAGGGAAUCUGCGGCUAGAUCUCAGGAAUCAUGGCGGCUGUUGAUGUAGAGGCAUGGGCAGCGCGGUUAGGGGUCGAUUUAUCUCAGGUCGAUCUCGAUUCUGUCCGUCUUCCUCCCGGGGAGGACUUUGGCAUUGUCAGUGAUGACGAGGAUGUUUACAAGGACGAUCAACUGGAAUUCGACACUGGGUUUGGUAACAUCAUCGUGGUUGAUCACCUCCCUGUAGUUCCGAAGGAGAAGUUUGAGAAGCUGGAAGGUGUUGUACGUAAAAUAUACAAUCAGCUAGGCGUAAUCAAGGAAGAUGGAAUUUGGAUGCCUAUUGAUCCCGAUACCAAGAUGACAUUGGGCUAUUGUUUUAUUGAGUUUAAUACUCCUGAGGAAGCUAAGAAUGCUAAGGAUAAGACUCAUGGCUACAAGUUGGACCGGUCUCACAUUUUUGCAGUGAAUAUGUUUGAUGAUAUUGACAGGUUGAUGAAAGUUGAAGAGAAGUGGUCUGCGCCUGAAACCAAACCUUACAUGCCUGGGGAGAAUCUGCAGAAGUGGCUCACUGAUGAAAAGGCCCGGGAUCAGUUUGUCAUUCGAUCUGGUGCUGAUACUGAGGUCUUAUGGAAUGACGCUAGACAUUUGAAACCUGAACCUGUUCAUAAGCGUACUUACUGGACGGAGAGUUUUGUGCAAUGGUCUCCUCUGGGUACAUACUUGGUCACACUUCACAAGCAGGGUGCUGCUGUUUGGGGUGGUGCUACAACUUUCAACCGUCUCAUGCGCUAUCAGCAUCCUCUGGUAAAACUCGUUGAUUUCUCCCCGGGUGAGAAAUACUUGGUAACCUACAGUAGCCAGGAACCAAGCAACCCUCGGGAUGCAAAUAAAGUUGAUAUAAAAAUCUUUGACGUGAGAACUGGAAGACUGAUGAGAGAAUUCAAAGGAAGUGCUGAUGAUUUGGCUAUUGGAGGAGCUGGUGGUGUUGCCGGUGUCUCGUGGCCUGUUUUCAGAUGGGCUGGUGGGAAAGAAGACAAAUACUUUGCCAAGCUCGGAAAAGGCAUGAUCUCUGUCUAUGAGACCGAGACUUUCAGCCUCAUUGACAAGAAAUCCAUGAAGGUUGAUAACAUUGUGGACUUCAGUUGGUCGCCUACUGAUCCCAUCUUUGCACUCUUUGUCCCGGAACUUGGUGGUGGCAACCAACCUGCCAGGGUCUCUCUUGUCCAAAUCCCUGGCAAGGAGGAGCUGAGACAGAAGAAUCUUUUCAGUGUUAGCGACUGCAAAAUGUACUGGCAGGGCAAUGGGGAGUAUCUUGCCGUUAAGGUCGAUCGGUAUACAAAAACUAAAAAGAGCACGUACACUGGAUUCGAGCUUUUCCGCAUCAAAGAAAGGGAUAUUCCCAUCGAGGUUCUUGAGCUGGACAACAAGAACGAUAAGAUUAUAGCCUUUGCCUGGGAGCCAAAGGGUCACAGAUUCGCUGUCAUUCAUGGCGACAGUCCAAGGCCGGAUGUCAGCUUCUAUUCUAUGCGCUCCGCAACCAACACAGGAAAGAUUUCGAAGCUCACUACUCUCAAGGGCAAGCAAGCUAAUGCCCUCUUCUGGUCACCAACUGGCAAAUACAUUAUUCUCGCUGGGUUGAAAGGCUUCAAUGGCCAGCUUGAAUUCUACAACGUGGAUGAGCUCGAGACUAUGGCCACAGCUGAACACUUCAUGGCCACCGAUAUCGAAUGGGACCCAACUGGAAGGUAUGUUGCAACCGCGGUGACAUCGGUCCACGAGAUGGAGAAUGGAUUUAACAUAUGGUCCUUCAACGGAAAGUUGCUUUACCGGAUACUGAAGGAUCAUUUCUUCCAGUAUUCGUGGCGCCCGAGGCCGCCAUCCUUCCUGUCACCGGAGAAGGAAGAAGAGAUAGCGAAGAACCUGAAGAAAUACAGCAAGAAGUACGAGGCGGAGGAUCAGGAUGUGUCGUUGCUGUUGAGCGAGCAAGACAGGGAGAAGAGGAGAGGGCUGAAGGAGGAGUGGGAGAAAUGGGUGAAGGAGUGGAAGAAGCUCCACGAGGAAGAGAAGGUCGAGAGGCAAAAUCUUCGGGACGGGGAAGAGAGCGACGAGGAGGAAGAGUACGAGGCCAAAGAAGUCGAGGUCGAGGAAGUUAUCGAUGUCUCCGAGGAAGUUGUUGCUUUCGAUUACAGCCAGGAUUGAGUUUUUGCCCUUCAUUUCCUUUCCUCUUCCUCUUCUUCUUCCUGAAUCUUAGGAUUAUCUUCUUCGGAUCUUGAAGAUGUUAUCUUUUUUUUUUUGCGUUUUCUCAAGGUUUUGGAGAGAAUUGUGUUCUAUUUAUAUAAUGUAUCCUUCUGGAGAUUUUUUUUUUAUU